AGGAAGACAGAAGAGUGUGAAAGGCUGCUGAGAAGCCCACGAUCAAGUAUGAGGAUGCCAGACCAUGGCUCACCAUCUGGAGGAUAAUGGCCUAUGAAGCUGGGAGGCAGGGACAUGCAAACUACACCUCUGUGAGCACUGAAGCCUCUUGGACGCCUGGACCAUGGACCCCGGGGAAUGCACCUGCAUGUCUGGAGGAAUCUGCAUCUGCGGAGACAAUUGCAAAUGUACAACUUGCAACUGUAAAACAUGCCGAAAAAGCUGCUGUCCUUGCUGCCCCCCGGGCUGUGCCAAGUGUGCCCGGGGCUGCAUCUGCAAAGGGGGCUCGGAUAAGUGCAGCUGCUGCCCCUGAAACGCAUCCGUUGUGCUGGGGGCCGAGGC